AUGUCUUCGUGGGCUGUGCCGGAAAAAUCAGCUGCAUGGAGCCGAACAGAAUUUAUUGUUACUGGCAUAUUAUCCAUAGCUUUAGUUGUAUUCGGCACUGUUGAUAAUCUUCUGUCCGUGAUCGUCAUAGCCGCUAAAAGAAAACACAAAAGUUCAACAAACAUUUAUUUGAUAUUUCUGUGUAUUGUGGAUACACUGUUAUUAUAUCAAUGAAAUUUAGAUCACGCUGUAGGUCAAUUGACGGGUGUACAGAUUAGUGAUAGUUCAUUAUUUUUAUGUAAAUCAAUUGCAUUUCUUGGUUACUAUACUUUUCAUGCAUCAGCAUCUUUAUUAACAAUCGUUUCAGUUGAUCGCGCUCUACUAUUAUGAUCACACUGGUAUAAACACAAAAUAGCAAAAAAUAAAAUGGCAUUAAUUAUCUGCAGUUUUAUUCUUGAGUAUUAGACAGUUAGGAUGUACAAUGCGAAUAGAUCAAGUCAAUUAUACAUGCAAGUUUCUGUUUCCAAUCUGACAUCUGAAAUGUUUAAGCGCUUAUAAUCUUAUUCGUAUUGAAUGCAUAUUUAUUGAGCUUAGGCUAUGAAACGAUUGCAUCCAAUGGCACAUCUUCCAUCCUGUUUUGCUAUAAAACUAAAGAUGUAGCGAUAUCUUUAUUUUACAAUAUUGUUUGGGCCUAUGUUAAUCUUUGUAUAAUGUAUGUUAUCCCAUUUUGUCUAAUGAUUCUAUGCAC